UUAGUUGGGAAUUUUAUCUAGAAGUUGCAAAGACCAAGACCGGUAGGGAAGAAUCGUCCAAGAGGUGCUAGGUCAAUCGGCGGUGAGAGGUCUUUGUGGUAUUGAAAUCGGUCGGGUUAAGCGAGUCGGAUUCGCAAGAAAGCUUUCGGAUCUCUCUUGUUUUGCCCUUGUUACGGGCACUGUUUAACUAAUUUAGGAACGAGGAAGAGUUGGUAGUGAGUCUCAGACUAGGACGGGUGAAGGCGGCGUUUGGGACAUUGAUUACUUCAUUACCAAAGAUGAUCUAAGUAUAUUUGCUGCGCUUAUAAUGUUUAAUUUGAACUAAGACACAUAUAUUUUUCUGCUUAUUAAAAAUGUUUAAAUUAUAUUAAAAAAAUGAAAGGAUAGUUUUCCUAUCUCAGAGAUGUCUGGCCGUCUUCAAAUGUUACUGAGGAGAGAUAAACAUAACAGAAAAUUAAUUCCGUUCAAGAAAGAGCAGUGCCACAAAAAUUUCUCUAGCCUUCAACCAUACCACAGAACAUGGCAGCAGCUCAACUCUGAGCUUCGCUUUCCCUCUCCAUCCGCGCUCUACAACAAGAAGCCAUGCCAUUUCUCUAUUACCCACUUCAGGUUUUGUUCUUAAAAGUGGGACCACCUUUGCCACAGGCUCUCCUCUUUCAGUGAUGUUCCAAAUCUUUUCCUCUGUAUUAUUGCCAACUAAAGGAAUGUCAGACGCGAUUCAUUGAUUUUACAUACGAAAACUAAUAUUAGUUUUCACUUGGAGUAAUAUCAAAGAACUCUUCAGAGGAAGCCUGCAAGCAGAACAACAUUAGUUUCUAUAAGAUGUGAGCAAAGUACCCAGGGUGGCAACAGUUUGGAUGUAUGGCUAGGAUGGCUAGCUAUGGUUGGCUUUGCAGUGGCUAUCAGCGUUGAAAUAGCAACAGGCAAGAGUCUUCUGGAGAAUUUUGGGCUUUCAACAUGCUACCUACUGUAGCAUUGGCGGUAACAGGAUUGGUCGGUGUUUUGACAGCUAUUUUCAUCUUCCAGUCAUACUCUGAGAAAUAAUCCUAUACUUGAGGUUGUGGUUCAGUGUUUGUGAAGUUGUGAUUCAAAAGAUCUUUAAGGUUGCAUUUUUGUUCACCACUAAUUGUAAUUUGUCUUUAAGCCAAGAUUGGAGCAACACUUGAGAAUGUAAAGUGACAGAAAAUAUAAUAUAUGUGACAUCUUUCCUUCUGUGGUGCUUUUUUCACUGUGAUGUGUAGUUCAAUACAUGCUUCUAUAGGUCAUAUCAUGAUUCUGGGAAUGGUUUAAUAUCUGUUUAGGCAGGAUUUGAAAAAGACAUUUGAUUAGCUUUGAGAAUCAACUGCUGCUUUAAUUUUGAUUAUUUUGGAAUCUCAUUAGAUCAAGUUACUAGACAAAGUUAUCUGAGAUAGGACCUGUUAUGAGGACAAUAAUCUUUUAAUGAACAACUUUGCUGGAAAAGAAAGCAUUAUUGUCAGUGCUGAAUAAAGGUUCUCUCUGUUUUUAUAAAGCAAAGUAUAUAUUGAUCAAUUCCAGGCAACAAUUGAACAUAAUCUCAAGUAUCUAUCUAUCACUAACAUGAUAUAGAUGUUUACUUUGAAAUGACAGUAACUGCUAAGAAAUAAGAACAAUACAAAGAAAAAUCAACAAAACAAAGAAAAAUCAUUCUUUACUUCUUGAGAAUUUAUUCUCUUAGCUUUUUCCAUGUGAAAGUGCAUUACCUGAUAUUCACUUUAAGCACAAGAAGAUCUCCUUUGCCAUACUCUUUUUCAAUUGCACUUUUCAUAUUGAUCGAAUUCUUUUCAUAUUGAUCGAAUUCUUUCUUCCAGGUUUCUAUAAACAUGAACAUAUAUUCCUCAGUUGCAGAUAGAUUGCUUUCUCUUUUUGCAUUUUCUUCCAUGAUUAGUGCUUUUUUUCUGGAGUUUAACUAAUUGUAUUAUGGGCAAAAUCAUAUCCCGGCUUGUGAAACGGUUUCUUUCAGAGAGUAAAGUAAGGAUUUUGAUGGUGGGACUAGAUGCAUCUGGGAAGACAACCAUUUUAUACAAGCUGAAGCUAGGAGAAAUGGUUUCAACCAUUCCCACAAUUGGUUUCAACGUGGAGACUGUGGACUACAAAAACAUAAGCUUCAGCGUUUGGGAUGCGGGAGGACAAGAAAAGAUUAGGCCUUUAUGGAAACAUUACUUUAAGAACGUUGAGGGACUAAUCUUCGUUGUGGAUAGCAGCGAUAAAGAAAGAAUCUCAGAAGCACGCAAUGAGCUGCAUCGGAUUUUAGGUGAUAGUGAGCUAAGGGAUGCAACACUACUUGUAUUUGCCAACAAGCAGGAUGUUCUAGGUGCUAUGCGUGUUGAUGAGGUUGCUGAUAAACUUGGGCUCCAUGCUCUUCGCCAACGAUGCUGGUACAUCCAGAGUUCUUCUAGCAAGUUUGGACAAGGACUUUAUGAGGGUCUAGAUUGGCUAUCCAACAAUGUCUCUAACAAGGCAACAUGAUGUGGGUUUCUUAUGAGGCCAUGAACCAUUUUAGGUAAAGAAAUUAGAAUAGCAUGACUCUUUGUAAGGGAAUCAUUCUGUGGCAUGAUUCCCACUAAUAGAUAUGAUGUCUGAUGAUUUCAUAGGAAUUGUAAAUUUGCAAGUGUCCUACCAUUGGAGGGUUUGUGAGUAAGGAGACUUAAGCAGAGGGAAGGAAGUUUUGUUCAUUUGUUGAUGUAUCGAGUAUAUGCUGCUUUGUUGAUGUAUCGUGCAUCUUAUUGAACAUGCCUACAAGAUCAUAUUUUAUGCUUCAUGUGUUUAUUAUGCUCUUCUAUUCAAUUCUAAGAAAAAUAGUUCACUUA